GAAAUGAUUGCAUUUUUAGAGCAUUCUCAGAUCAGGUGUUAUUGUCAAUAGGUAGUAGGAUUGUCAGUCCCAACGAAUGACAUGAAGUUUCUAGUAACGAUCGCUGUUUUACUAAUCGCAGCGUGCCUCACGUCAGCACAGUCCGUAAGAAGAAAACCAAACGAAAAAGUACCAGAGAUGGAUCAGCGAUGCUUGGAUUGUAUAUGCCAGGCGAGCAGCAACUGUGAUGAAUCCUUAAAAUGCCAUAAUGCUGGUCAAAGCUAUUUCUGCGGACCAUACGUUAUCUCAUGGGCUUAUUGGCAUGAUGGUGGAAGACCUGGGGACAAAGGAAGAGCUCAUGACUUCGAAACUUGCUUAAAUAAUAAGACUUGCGCAGAACAAGCAGUGAAGGGAUACAUGCGCAAAUACGGACAGGACUGCGACCGCAGUGGACAGAUCAACUGCUAUGAUUUUGCCAGAAUACAUAAACUUGGAUUCGGAUCUUGUGGUGGACUUGAAAUUCAAAACACGGACUACUGGGAGAAAUUCGAAAUCUGCUACGAUGGUUACAACCCGAGCAAUGACGCAGCAGCCGAUUAUGAUUACGGUUCCAGUGUUUUGCAAGCCAGAAGUGGUUAUCAAGGAGGUUACAACUAAACUGGAAUGGAUUGGAAUUUUUUUUUUUUUUUUUGACCUGAAAUCCUUUUUAAUAUUCCAUAUGGAGGAAAAGUUCUGUUUUAUACAGUAAAAACUCCUUAAAGCAAACUUCAAAGAAAAACAAUGUCGUUGGUUUUAGCAUUUGGUGUUAUUGUCAAAGAUAAUAAAUCUACAGAAAAAUUAGAAUAAAAAAAAGAAACGGGGGGGGGGGAGGCAGUUAUUUCAAAUGUUUUUCUGCUUUUUUAUAUAAUUUUUGGCUCUAAGUUAAAAGAUUAUCAUGGAUUGCAGUGAAGUUACUUAACUUAAAAUAAUACAUUCUGAAAUGCAUGCAUCAAAAUCUGUUUAAGACAAACUUAUUUAAAUAAUUUUUAUUGAUAUACUUUGAAUUAUUACUAAAAUCAUCGAUAUAGAAAAUAAAACAAGAAAAUUUAUACGUUAAAAAAAGUUGAAGUUUUGAUGCACAAAAUUGCAGAAAUAUACACGUGUUUCGGGUUCAAAAGGAAUUCUUUUUCAACGCAGAAAGUUUUGAGAUUCUUAAUAUAAGUUAAGCACACUUGAGCAUUCCUUUCAUUACGUGCGCGAAACCUGAGCUUUGCAAGAAAAAUAUAAUUAUGUUUCUUGGAGAGUAGUUAGAACAUACAUAAGGAUCAAUUGUUAAACACUAAUUUAUUUGUUAUAAAGGAUUUCAGUGUCAAGAAAACUGAUUGUUUACGCUCUGUUUUUAACGUUUUGUUUUAUUUCUAACUUCUGACAAUUUGUUCCUACUUCUAUCCUUUUUUUUUCCUUUCAGUCAUGUAAAGUGACUGCAAAGGAAAUGCUUAUUUAAGAGGCAUGAAUGCAUAGCUCAGAAAACACCAAAUUAAUGAUGAAAUUUGUCUUUUUUUUUUUUUUUUUUUUUUUUAUCUUUUCUAAUAUUAAUCGGAGUUAUCUAAGGAAAGAGAGAAAGUUUGUGAUCACUUGAUUUGUAUUUCGAAGGCUUCAAAACCAAGAUUUAUGGAAAUUAGUAACUUUCUAAUUAAGUUCAAACAAAUCAAACGCUUAUAAAGUUACAGUACAACAGGGAAACAUUGCCCUUUAACUUACCUGCCUCCUCUUGACUUUGUUUUUGAUUAAAAAAAUAUUUAAAAAAUUGUUCUUUUCUCCAAGUAUUUUUCUAUUUCGGGAAAAAACUAUAAUACUUAAUUUAACGAAAAAAAAAAACUCUAUUUCCAGUGAAGCUACAGACGCAAACACUGAAUUAUUAUGUUUUAACUAAUUAAUUAUUUUUUAAAUUUCGACUGGUUAUAUAAAUAAUUUUUGCUUACUGCUGCAAAACAAAACAUGAAAGUUCAAGAAACGUAUUUUUGUCCCUUCAUCUUUUUAAAAAAUCUCUCUUUGUUAAAAAUUUAAAUUAUUCUUCAAAAAUCUUCUCUCACAGCCCCUUUCCCCGAACAUAAAUAUUCAACAUUCUUUUAUGAUGAUUUGCAUUAGAGAACCAGAAGUCAUUUCAUCAUCUAAUCAUUUGUAUAAGUUCGAUGGAUUAUGUCAUAUUUAAUUCAUUAAUUUCCUAUCAAUUUAAAACAACAAUUUCGGUUAUUUUAUGUUAAAAAAGUAAUAAUGUCGCUAAGCCAUGCCUCAUCUUGAGUACACUAGUUAUUCAAGUUAAUUUUUGGAGAAUUCUUUUUUUUACUUGGUAUAAAAAAGAUUUUCAAUUUCUUCCUUUCUUUUUGGCGUUGUGUAUUUUUUUUCUACACUGUGAAACGAUGGGCAGGUGCCAAAUAAUAUUUUUGAAUAAAUUUCUU